CGGGACAGGACCGGGCACGGGCGGCACCUCGCUUGCACUGCUGCCCGGACACGGAAGGGUUUCGGGGGGUUGAGGUGAGCGUAAUAACCGAGAGACGUUUUUUUUCCACUCACCGGCUUCAAAAAAAUUAAGAUUAAAAAAAAAAAAAAAAAAAAAAGCACGAUGCAUGACGUCAUCAGCUGGAGAUGACGGAGCGUGCAGGACCAGAUGAGGUCUCCGGUGCUGAUGCGGUGACGGUGUCUCCGAUGGACCGGGGCGAGGGGCUCUGAUGGCUCCUCUCGGCCCGGGCUGGAAGGAGACCCAGAGGGAAGCGAACAGCAGGUAUCGGAGGAGUGACUCGGAAGCACCACGGGGCGACUGUCGUGUUUUUCGCCGGAGGGCACGAGCGGGAAGGGGAACAUGGCCGCGCAGUCGGACGGUAAAGCCGGGGUGGGUUUCGCCCACUUCUACGACGUCGACGCGGACGAACCCCUGGACUCCGCCGCGCUCCACAUCUGCCAGUGCUGCCGCUCGUCGGCGUGCUACUGGGGCUGCCGCUCCGCCUGCCUCGGCUCUCUGGUCGGCGGCGGCGGCGGCCAGUCCGGCGGGGUCGGGGUCCGGGAGACUCACUGCCCGCCCCGGGAGCAGCUGUGGCUGGACUGCCUCUGGAUCAUCCUGGCCCUCCUGGUCUUCUUCUGGGACGUGGGCACGGACCUGUGCCUGGCGCUGGACUACUACCAGCGGCGGGACUACCUGUGGUUCGGCCUCACGCUCUUCUUCGUGCUGGUGCCUUCCGUGCUGGUGCAGAUCCUGAGUUUCCGCUGGUUUGUGCAGGACUACACCGGCGGGGGCCUCGGGGAGGUGGAGGGGCUGACGAAGCGGGGCUCGGUGGCCCCCGGGUGUCACUACCCCGGCAGGGACCGCCUGCAGCUGGCCACCAUCUGGCUGUGGCAGGCCGUCGUUCACAUCCUGCAGCUGGGGCAAGUGUGGCGGUACAUCCGAACACUGUACCUGGGCAUCAUGUCCCGUCGCCAAAAGGAGCACCAGCGCCGCUGGUACUGGGCCAUGAUGUUCGAGUAUGCCGACGUCAACAUGCUCCGGCUGCUGGAGACCUUCCUGGAGUCGGCGCCUCAGCUGGUCCUGCAGCUGUGCAUCAUGAUCCAGGAGAACCGCGCCGAGACGCUGCAGUGCAUCUCCUCCCUCGCCUCCCUCCUGUCUCUCGCCUGGGUCUUGGCCUCCUACCACAAACUAUUGCGAGACUCGCGUGACGACCAGCGCAGCAUGAGCUACCGCGGGGCCCUGCUCCAUCUCUUCUGGCGCCUCUUCACCAUCUCUUCGCGCGUCCUCUCGCUGGCCCUGUUUGCCUCGCUCUUCCACAUCUACUUUGGCAUCUUCGUGGUGGUUCAUUGGUCCGCCAUGGCCUUCUGGGUGGUGCACGGCGGCACCGACUUCUGCAUGUCCAAGUGGGAAGAGGUGCUUUUCAACAUGGUGGUGGGCAUUGUCUACAUCUUCUGCUGGUUUAACGUAAAGGAGGGCCAGACUCGGCACAGGAUGGUGGCGUACUACACCGUGGUGCUGGCUGAGAACACCAUCCUCACCGGGCUGUGGUACGCCUACAGGGACCCGGCGCUGACCGACUCCUACGCCAUGCCGGCAUUGUGCGGCGUCUACUUGACGUUCGCCGGCGGCGUCCUGGUCAUGCUGUUGUACUACGGCUUCCUGCACCCCGCGACCGCUCACCUCCAGCCGAGCCCCGCCUCUUCCUGCUGCGCCCAGCUGCUCUGGGGUCUUCCCUUACCCCCUUCGGCCCCGCCCAGCGCGCCGCCCACCCCCGCACACAUGACCAAGUCCCAGACGGAAGACGACGUGGCCGAGACUUGUCUUCCCGUCUUCCAGGUGAGGUCGGUUCCUCCCACUUCCAAGCCCGAGGGCCCGCUUAUUAAGAUCGACAUGCCCAGGAAGCGUUACCCGGCAUGGGACGCCCACUACGUCGACCGGCGCCUGCGGAGGACUAUAAACAUCCUACAGUACAUCACACCGGCCGCCGUGGGUAUCCGCUACCGUGACGGACCCCUGCUGUAUGAACUCCUACAGUACGAGUCCUCACUUUGACAAACACACCGUGGCACACUUUAAUGCACACACCUUUCACAAAAACACGCACAUUCCUUCCGGGGACCCCGCGAGUCUCUAGGCCGUGACUCAACGGGGCCGCCGGAAACCCCGCUUCUCGAUCAGCAACUCAGUCGUUUACCGUCACAUCUGGGUUGAAAGCUGAAGAAAUACGAGCACAUUUCACACCGGUUCGAGUCUCUACCUGCUGUUUACGUUGCGUCGCACACGGGAAAUGUAGGGGUUCGUUGCAACAGAGACACCAGAAAUGUGCCGGGAAAAAACUCGAGCCGCAGACCGAGCAAGUUUAUAAUGUUCGAGCCAAGUCCUCCCAGGUCCUUUGAUUCUGGGGACUGUCUGAACGAAGCCAGUAGACGAGAAGUUUUACAUUUUAUCCUACGAAUAAAGUAAGUACAAACAUUAGGGAUACCAUAGAAAACCGAUCUCUACAAAGCCCAGGGCGGUCUCUGAAAACGGUGUCCAUUUGUCCAUAGAAUCACCUCUUAAAUGUUCCUCUAACAAUAAAUAUCGCGAGUGUCAGUAAAAAUCUGUUUCCGAAUGAGUCGCGAUUCUUAUAUGUAACGAAUAAAAAACAGUCUAAUGAAUGGAUAAAGUUUUAGUAAACAAAAACAGUUUUCUUUUAAGGAAUAUAGAUAUUUAUCAGAGCUACAGUAUGUAUCUAUUCUAUGGAGGAAUUAGGGGUGUAACGGUACGUGUAUUUGUAUUGAACCGUUUCGGUACGGGGGUUUCGGAGGUGUACCGAACAAGUUUCCACACGGACAUAUUAAGUAGCGUAGCGCACAUUGUGUAAACAAUGCACACCGAGGCACAACACACGGCAUUCUAGCAGCGACCGGGUUACGAUAGACUGACCAUACCUCCUCUUUUUACAGCAUAUGUCCUCUUUUGCGGGGCUGUCCGGGUGGAGUUUCUUAAAUGCCCCAAAUGUCCGGCAUUUUAAAUUAGUGUUGGUUGUAUUUUCAAUGUACGUUCAGGGUUAAAACGGGGUUAAAUACAAAACAAAUUGUUUACGAAGCAGCAUUCGUGAGGGAGGGGCAGAGACAGAGAGAGCAAGAGAGUUAUGAUAAUCUGCUUUUUACUCAUAGAUUUAUCGGAUUUUAGUUUUUAUUAUCUAUAGCAGGGGUGUCAAAAGUGUGCUCCGGAGGCCAUUUGCGGCCCACAGCUAAUGUUUUAAAGGCCCACGGCACAUUCUGAAAAAUACUAUUAAAAUAAACAAAUACAUAAGCUUCUUCUAGCUUAUUUGGGGGACCCUUUCACAUACCAACAUCUUUAAAUGAUGAUACUCACCACUAUUGUAAAUGUUAUAUGGUAUUGUGAAAAAACUUGUAAACAAACAUAAACAAAAGUGAAAUAAAAAAGCUUAAAGGCUAAAUGUAAUUUAGAAAAAGUUGCAACGUUGACUAAUAGAACAAAGCUGUUUUUUUUUUGCUUUCAAACUGUCGUUGCUCAAAACAUAAUAUUGAAUCAAAAUCAAUGUUAUUAUGAAUUAUUGACCUAUCCAAGGUUUCGGUUACUUCACAUCAAAUAUUCUACUAAGAUUUUGCAAAUUUGGUAAAAAAAUAACCAAAAAAUUGAAUUUUGUUGUUUUCUUACUGUACGGAAAAUGAACCGAAUUGUGACCUCUGAACCGAGGUACGUACCGAACCGAAAUUUCUGCGUACCGUUACACCCCCAGGAGGAAUGUAGUGAAUCAUAGAACUGGCACCCAGUGCUGUUAAAGUCUCAAUUUUGAAUUGAGAAUCGUUUUGAAUCAAGAAUCGAUUGUGAAUCGAAUCGUUAGUCCCAAGAACCGAAUCGUGUUUUGUCCAAAGAUUCACAGCCCUAAUAGAUACAGUCGUUUCUUGCCACGUCGCAGGUUUUUGAAAGCAUAUCCGACCGCUAAAUCAAGCAUGUUCAAGCAGGCUAAAUGAAGUAAAAAAUAUCGAUACUACAGUAGUAUCGACCACUAGAGGAGACCCAACCAAUCAGAGCUCGCUGUUCAGUGUUGAGGUCUUUGAUUGGCUUGCCCUCAAGCAGCAUUACCACUGUGGGUAAGGUUGGAUUUUGGAGAAACCUGUGUGUGACUGAAGCAUUAGGGGAGUGGAACAGUGUAACAUCUGUGAGCAGAUAAUACUGUAUCAUCUCUUUCGGACUUUGAAGGGUGAGGCAAAAAGUAACCCAGACCCACUGUAUAUUGGAUUUAAAGGGGAACAUUAUCAGCAGACCUAUGUAAGCGUCAAUAUAUACCUUGAUGUUGCGGGUAAAAGACCAUAGAUUUUUUUAACCGAUUUCCGAACUCUAAAAGGGUGAAUUUGGCGAUUUAAACACUUUUCAAUUGUUCGCCUGUCGGAGUGAUGACCUUUCACCCGCCAUUUUCUCAAACACAUUACAUACACCAAGUCAAAUCAGCUCUGUUAUUUUCCGUUUUUUCGACUGUUUUCCCGUACUUUGGAGACAUCAUGCCUCGUCGGUGUGUUGUCGGAGGUUGUAACAACACGAAUAUGGACGGAUUCAAGUUGCACCAGUGGUCAAAAAUGCGAAAGUCCCUUUGUACCGACGACAGCUAUGCUACGACAGAGAUGGCAAGAAUGUGUGGAUAUCCUGCGACACUCAAAGCAGAUGCAUUUCCAACGAUAAAGUCAACGAAAUCACAAAGGUGAGUUUUGUUGAUGUUAUUGACUUAUGUGGCGUGCUAAUCAGACAUAUCGAUGCUAACAUGCUAUUUAGGCUAGCUGUGUGUACAUAUUGCAUCAUUAUGCCUCAUUUGUUGCUAUAUUUAAAUUAACCCACAUUUAAUGCCAAACAAACACAUACCAAUCGUUGGUUAGAAGGCGAUCGCCGAAUUCGUCCGCGCUUCCUCCCGUGCCGCUGUCCAUCGUGAUAUGGCUCAAAAGCUUCAGUUUGUUCUUUAAUUUCGUUUUCGGCACCUGUCUCCACACU